AUGCGGUCUUGGGUACGGCAAGCGCAGCUUCUUGGACGAGGAAAAUUUCGUAUGCCCAAACCACGUGAGCUCAGCAUGAAUCGAAGAGUAUUAGCACUACUGCCGACCCAACAACAAGUGCAAGCGCUCGAAAUGCCGACACCGCUCACUUUUCCCCUUCCGAUGAUUGAUGAAAAUAAUCGGCCCAUCAUAACUGACCAGACGUUUGACAGAAUAUUCAGUCGACCCAAUGUAAUGAUGCGUGACCGAGAAGCUGUAGAACGAAAGCUAAAAGUUAUGGUUGAAGGUGGCCGAGAGAAACUAAUGGUCAUCUCUGACUUCGACUACACCCUAUCUCGAUUUGAAGACGAUGGUGGUAGCCGAUGUUGGACCACGCAUGGCGUGUUUGACAACUGCGCCAAAGAGUUUGAUCCCAAUCUGGCUAAUAAAUUCGAGUCACUUCGCGCAAAAUACUUUCCCAUCGAGUUUGAUCCAAAGCUUUCACUGGAGCAAAAGAUCCCAUUUAUGGAAGAAUGGUGGAACGCCUCCCAUGGCUAUAUCGUUUCUGCCCAUUUUAACAAGCCCACAAUAGAAAGCUUUGUGAAAAAUGCGAAAAUUAUCUUAAGAGACCAAGCCGAGGCUAUGAUACAACGAUUACUACAGCUUGGUGUUCCUCUGGUCGUAUUCUCAGCUGGUAUCGGUAACAUCAUUGAGAUGUUCCUGCAGCAAAAGUUUGGACAAAUGCCAGCAAACGUGCAUAUUAUAUCGAACAUGAUGAAUUUUGAUGAUAAGGGCGUCAUUGUGUCAUUCUCGGAGCCGCUUAUUCAUACGUUCUGCAAGAAUUCCUCCGUGAUUCGAAAAGAAGCUGAAUUCUUCCAUGAAGUUAGGGGAAGGAACAAUGUGAUUCUUCUCGGUGAUAGUAUGGGCGAUAUACAUAUGGAUGUUGGAGUAGAAAAACAAGGCCCCACACUCAAAAUAGGAUUUCUUAAUUCAGAUAUAGACAACUUGCUCGAUCACUACCUCGACGUCUACGAUGUGGUUCUUGUACGGGAUAAUACAAUGGAUAUUCCGAACUCUAUUGUACAAACCAUAGCUGAGGGAUCUUCCAUUGUCAUGUUGGAGAACAAUACCGACCGCCUCGUGGGGGUAGUCUCGUUUGGAUGCUUGCUUUUCAUAGUGGUAGCCGUGGGUUUCGUAUCCAAGCUGCAUUGUGAUUUGAUCAGCAUCGCGAAGCAAGCAGAAGAAGAGUCACCCAAAUUCAAUGUUGUACAUGAAGAGCUUUGGAAAGAAGCAUUAAAGCUUGUUGACAAGUAUGGAAGAAAUAUCGAGAAGAGACACGCCGUUUAUCAAGGCCAAGCGAGCCAAAAUAUUCGCCUUAAUCCCUACGUGCAGACCCUUCCAGAGCGCACUAGACGUUUCCACUAUACGCCAUAUCAACAACAACCAUUGCAGGUCCUCCAGCCAUAUCCUCCUCAGCCAAUUUACCAACAAAGAUACAAUGAUAACAGCGGAAUACAGUGUAACUGCCCUCGUGGCCCUCGUGGGCCUCCUGGACCAGAUGGUUAUGAUGGAGUUCCUGGCGUUCCUGGAGUAGACGGACUAGAUGGAGAUGAUGACAGCACAUUGAGACUGCAUUAUUCGGACGCAUGCGCAAUAUGCCCUGCUGGACCACGCGGACCACCGGGCCCGCCAGGACCACCCGGAGACAUCGGUCCAAAAGGUCUUCCCGGUACACCUGGUAACGAUGGAGCCCCAGGUAUACAAGGUGCAAAAGGGCCCGAAGGUGACAGAGGUUUCCCAGGACAACGCGGACCACCUGGUCCACCGGGUACACCUGGACAGAGAGGCGAAACGUACACUCAAGUAGCCGGACCGCCUGGUCCACCUGGUCCUAUAGGAGAACAAGGCGAGAUGGGCGAAACUGGGUUGCCCGGAGCGCCAGGCUUACCAGGAUUUCCAGGACCUCAGGGAUUGCAGGGAGCAAGCGGAAGCCGAGGAGCGGAUGGUAACUUUGGUCCGCCGGGAGACCCUGGUUUCAAUGAUGAUGGCUACUGCCCUUGCAAUGUAGGAAACAGAGACGAGUACAAGAAGGCCAAUGGUGUUUCGAAAUUAUAA